GCCUUGCAAACAAGUGUCUGUGGCGCUCGCCCCGCGGCCUGAGACGCGCUCCUCCGCCCCCGCGGCCCUCCGCGCCGCCCGGCUCCUGCGGGACAGGCGGGAGCGAGGGGCCCUGGCCGCGCAGCCCGCCCGCCGCCGCCACGACCGGCAGCCCCGCGCGGGGGCCGCGGGCUCAGCGCCGCUGCCAGGCGCUGGCGCGGGGUCGCCGCGCGAGCCGCUCCGGGGUGUCGCCGAGCCCGCUCCGGACCGAAUAACGUGCGGGGUGUCCCCACCCCUGGGAGGGGUGGCCGGUGCCGCGAGCGGCCUCCCAGGUCCCAUCUCUCUCCUGGGGAAGACCCGCGGCCGCGAGGAAGGAUUAGACUGAACCUGGCCGAGGCGCACAAGUGGCUCCCGAGCGAGCCGGCUCCGCGGCCGCCGCCUCGUGUUCUCCCCGGACGCAGCGCUCGCGGGUCGGCGGGGCCGGAGCCUAGGCGCGGCCGGCGGCCCGGGGGCGGCGGGGCCGGGCGUGCAGCGGAGCGAGGGGGCGGGCGCGCGGCGAGCACGGGGGCGGACAGGCAGCCCCACGCGCCCCACGCGCCCCGCGGGGGCCCGGCGCCCCGGCACGCGGGCUGGAAGCGACUGAGCGCCCCCGCGGGCUGCGGGCGAGCAGCGUCCCUCCGGGCAGGGGACCCGGCGAUGAGAGCGGGGCUCCCCGCGGGGCCAGCCUGGGCGUCCUCCGCAAAGUUGUCACCGAGCUCGGAUCCCGCCUAGGGGCCACCGCGCCGCGGCUCGAGGGGCGGCCGGGCGGCCGGCGGCGGUCGUGGCUCGGCGGGGCCCGCGCGGCCGGGGGGCUUCGAGGGGCGUGCGCCCCACGCCGGCUUCCCUCGUGGAUGUCUCCCGGCGGCGGCGGGCCCAUGAAAGACUGCGAGUACAGUCAGAUCAGCACCCACAGCUCCUCCCCCAUGGAGUCGCCCCACAAGAAGAAGAAGAUCCCGGCCCGGAGGAAAUGGGAGGUCUUCCCGGGAAGAAACAAGUUCUUCUGCAACGGGAGGAUCAUGAUGGCCCGGCAGACGGGCGUCUUCUACCUGACGCUCGUCCUCAUCCUGGUCACCAGCGGGCUCUUCUUCGCCUUCGACUGCCCGUACCUCGCUGUGAAAAUCACGCCUGCCAUUCCCGUGGUUGGUGGCAUCCUGUUCUUCUUUGUGAUGGGGACCCUGCUUCGCACCAGCUUCAGUGACCCCGGCGUCCUUCCGCGAGCCACGCCUGAUGAAGCCGCCGACCUGGAAAGGCAAAUAGAUAUCGCCAACGGCAGCAGUUCAGGGGGGUACCGCUCGCCUCCCAGAACCAAAGAAGUCAUCAUCAAUGGCCAGACCGUGAAACUGAAAUACUGUUUCACCUGCAAGAUUUUCCGGCCCCCUCGUGCCUCUCACUGUAGCCUCUGUGAUAACUGCGUAGAACGGUUUGAUCACCACUGUCCCUGGGUAGGCAACUGUGUGGGGAAAAGAAACUACAGAUUUUUUUAUAUGUUUAUUUUAUCUCUGUCUUUUCUGACAGUCUUUAUAUUUGCAUUCGUUAUCACCCACGUCAUUCUUCGUUCACAGCAGACAGGAUUCCUUAAUGCGAUUAAGGACAGUCCCGCCAGCGUGCUGGAGGGCGUGGUGUGCUUCUUCUCCGUCUGGUCCGUCGUCGGGCUCCUGGGCUUCCACACGUAUCUCGUCAGCUCCAACCAGACGACCAAUGAAGACAUUAAAGGAUCUUGGUCAAAUAAAAGAGGUAAAGAAAAUUACAACCCCUACAGCUACGGAAAUAUCUUCACGAACUGCUGUGUCGCCCUGUGUGGGCCCGUCUCUCCAAGCCUCAUUGACAGAAGAGGGUACGUCCAGCCUGACACGCCUCAGCCAGCCGCGCCCUCCAACGGGCUGGCCACGUACGGAGCCACCGCCUCGCAGAGCGACAUGUGCGACCAAGACCAGUGCAUUCAGAGCACCAAAUUCGUUUUGCAGGCCGCGGCCACGCCCCUGCUGCAGAGCGAGCCCAGCCUCGCCAGCGAAGAGCUGCACCUGUCGGGGAAGCCGGGCCUGGGCACGCCCUGUGCCAGCCUGACGCUCGGGCAGCCCACGCCGCCCUCCUCCAUGCCCAACCUCUCUGCCGAGGCCGGGCUCACAGACAUACUGCCCCUGAAAGAGGAGCACGUGGGCCACCAGUUCCUGACCCCGGAGGAGGCGCCCUCGCCGCCCCGGCUGCUGGCCGGCAGCCCCCUGGCCCACAGCCGCACGGCGCACGUGCUGGGCCUGGCCAGCCAGGACGCGCUGCACGAGGACUCGGUGCGCGGCCUGGUGAAGCUCAGCUCCGUGUGACCGCGGGCCCGGCCGGACUGCAGGCAGUGGGGCCGACAGGGGCUGCCCCCUGCAGGAACUUCCUGGUGACUCAGGGCCGUGGUGGCGAGGACUUCAGGCCCUGCGCACAGGGACCGCUGCCGAGCGCAUGGAUCCCCUCGCGCAGAGGCGCACGGCCCAGAUGCUCCCAGCUUGGUGUGAUGGGCAUUUCUCCCACCCCGACCGCUGUGAUGAUGGUGAAAACAGGGAAGUCGCUGUUGUCAGGCCUUUGGAACAGGGAGGGCGUGGGGAUGGGGGAACCGGGGUCUGUGAUCAGAGGCUCAAGGGACAGGACGUGCCCGGAUGUCAGUCGCACUGUCUGCUGCCUGCCACUCUCGGGACAGACACACAGAAGGCUUGCGAGACUGGUGGCCAGACUGAGAUUGCACUUAUUUGUUAUGCUACUAAUAUUUGAAAUAGAUAUGCUAUUCCAUUUGUUAAUUUUUUUUAAAAAAAAAAAAGUCCAAAGGACAAAAAUGACCAGAUGUGAGCCUGCAUGCCACGCUCGUCCGUUCACGGUGGUGGUGGUCUGCAGACGGAAGCGCUCCUUCUUCCUUUACUUUUGUGAAUUCCAAGUCCUGUUUCAUGGGAAGAUGGUGGGAGAGAAACCAAGACUAAUGGACAAUGCCAUCCAUCGCCAGUUCAUUCAGCGUAAUUGUACCUGGGUCGGUGGUGCCUGGGCCGCAGGGGACUGCUGGGGGGUUAGCAAAUGGAGAGUCAGUUAACCUUCAGUUCAGUAGUUAACCGAGGUUUUGUGUUCUACCACACCCACCACACCUCCUUGUGUGACCAGACUUCCUGUGGACAGCCAAUAAAUGACGCCCUCUGUUAUUUUGGA